CCCGCAGGAACAGCCCCGCCGCGGCCCCCCCGAGCUCAAACCAUGUUCCAGCCGUCCGCCAAGCGCUGCUUCACCAUCGAGUCCCUGGUGGCCAAGGACACCCCGCUGAGCCCCGAGGAACCCCUGCGGCCCUCGGCCCUCAAUUAUCCCCCCCCGCCGUCCGACGCCUUCCCCGGCGGUUUCCAAGGGGCCGCCGCCGCCGGUCGGGCUCUGUACGGCGGCACCGAGCUCGUUUUCCCCGAAGCCGUGGGGCACCCGGCUCUACCCGUCGCUCCGCAUCAGCUCGGAGCAUCGCCUCUCCCGCACCCUCACUCCUUCUUCGGACCGCAGCAUCGCGACCCGCUCAACUUCUACCCCUGGGUGCUGCGCAACCGCUUCUUCGGGCACCGCUUCCAAGGUGAGCUCCGCACCGGGACCCGCAGCCCCGCAUCGGGACCCGCAGCCCCGCAUUGAGACCCGCAGCCCCGCACCGAGACCUGUUGCUGCGCUCCUCUCGGCGCGGCUCCGGGCUGCGGGCGGUCCGAUUCUGCCGCGG